AUGCCGCCUCGUAUCAAUCUUUUCACAGUGGGCAAGGCCUUGCCUGGCUUUCGUCCAUCCACCUCAUCCGCGGUCAGCUCGCGUUUCAGCAUCAACCGGCCUCAUGCCGCAUCGACCGUUCAAGCACAGAGACGAUGGAACUCAUCGAAAUCAGAGAAGAAGGACGAAUUGGAGGGGGUAAAGGGACCUACGGAGGAUCCGUUGCCCCAUGUCAGCGAGGAGGCCGCGCAGAUGGACAAGAUCCUGCACGGUGGGUGUGGGAAAUAUGAGGCUGCUGCGAGCCCGGAGUUGGAGCAGGGGACUCCCGUCGCUGAGAUCCUGCAGCGCGAUAAAGAUGCCCUGAAGCACAUGCCCAAGGUCAUGCAAGACCAGCUGAAGCGAUCGUCUGGCAACCGGUCCUUCUCGACCUUCACACGCCGCUACCAGCCCGACCUACAGGGUCAGGAUCUGCCCGAUCCUUCGGUGGCCGUUGUCGCCAAUAUGAUCAACCAGGUGAACCAGGACGUCGCGGAGCUGCACCCCGGCUUGAAGUUUCCGGCGCCAGAGAGUCUCCCCAAGACGGAGAAUUUCCGCGAGAGAUAUGACCCGUUGCUGGAGCAGUUUACGAAAUUGCUUAUGCGGGAUGGGAAGUUGAGCAAGGCCCAGAAGAACAUGUCCUUCAUUCUUGACCACCUUCGAACUGCCCCUCCCCCCCAACCGCACCCGAAGCGGCCACUCCUCCCUGGUCCUCCUGGCCCUCAACUACCUCUGAACCCCGUCCUCUACCUCUCGUUGAUCGUGGACUCGGUCGCACCUCUGAUCAAAAUCCGUCAGCAGAAGGGUAUUGCCGGUGGUGGUGCCGCCGUGCAGAUCCCGGUUCCUCUGAUGCAGAGACAGCGGCGGCGAACGGCUAUCCGAUGGAUCAUUGAUGCAUCUGAUAAGCGCCGGGACAGCAGUUUCGCUCAGCGAGUCGCUCACGAGCUGGUCGCUGUUGCGGAAGGUCGUAGUGGCGUGUGGGAUCGGAGGGAAGCGGUGCACAAGCUUGGUAUCGCGGGUCGUUCGAAUCUUGGUCUGGUCACUCAGCGCAGUCCCAACUUCGGUCUCGUUCCUUUUUCCUCCCAAGAUUCUCUGCCAGUCGAAACCGUGUCGUCGAAUGCUGUUGGGCGCACCGUGGCACGCAUCGCAUCUGCGACUGGUGCCUACAAACACGAACACGACGGCCACGAUCAAAGCUUCGAGCUUAAAGACUUGCACACCCGCAGUCGCUACCCGCUUGUAACACGCGAACGCACUAGCUCCAGCCAUUUUGUUUCCAUCGAGUCCGACUCGCACGAACAGGUACAGACAGAGAAGUAUUCGCAACCGGGUGAAAAGAGCGGUCAGGACUACAGAGCGAGCAACCUCAGGCUCCGGUUUUGGGUAGAGGCUCUCCGGCGUCGACAAACUUCAAAAGAAAGUGCGGCGGGACAAAGGACAGCAAAGAUGAAGUUCUCGCAUAGUAUUCAGUUCAACGCGGUGCCGGAUUGGAGUGCUUAUUACAUUGCGUAUAGUAAUUUGAAGAAAUUGAUAUAUUCGCUCGAGCAGCAUGCUCGGAAAGCGAGCGGACAGGCACAGUCGGACGUCGAGUCCGCACCGCUGUUAAGCGAGACACCUACGCCCGAGGCGGUGUUCCGGCGGGCGCUGAACGCGGAGCUGGACAAGAUAUGUAGCUUCUACGAGGUCAAGGAGUCGGAGAUACUGAAGGAGGUGGAGGAUGUUGUCCAUGAUGCGGAGGAGUAUUCGUCCAAGGCGGACGGGGCGGACGUUGACCCCAUGAGUGACGCUAUGAUCAAAUCGCGGAGGAUGAGUUCUAGCUCUCACUCGCGCCCGCGCACGAGCGGCUCGUACCGCGAUUUCCCGUCGGAGGAGACAGAAGAUGACGACGAUGGAGCGGAUAGCGAUGACGAGCAUCAGCCGCCGGCCGGGCAGAGAGUGGUGCCGUUGGCGGGUCGGUCGCGGUCGGACCUGAGCGAUUCGAGAUUCAUGGCUGACUCGAGGAUUCUGGGGUUUGUUCGACGAGGGAGCGGUGGGCAUGAUGAGCAUAGCAGGGAUUCGCGGUUUUUGGACCUGUACAACGAGGGCUUGUCGCUGAAGCAGCGGGCCGUGAAUGUCUAUGUCUCGCUGUGCGGCCUCAAGUCGUACAUCCAGCUGAACAAGACCGGUUUCUCCAAGGCUUUGAAGAAGUUUGACAAGAUCCUCGACUGCAAUUUGCGGCGCGAGUACAUGAGCUCCACCGUUUCCCCAGCGUAUCCGUUUACGGAUUCGACCAUGAAGAAGAUCGAGGACGUGAUCGCCCGAAUCGAGCAGCUCUACGCGGACGUGAUUACGGGCGGUGAUCUACCCCUGGCCCAACGGGAGCUGCGACUGCACCUGAGAGAGCACGUUGUCUGGGAGCGGAAUACAGUCUGGCGAGAGAUGAUUGGCAUUGAGCGCAAGGCACAGGCCGCGAAUGUUGGUAUUCGCCGGACACUGCUGGGAAUGGAUGAAGACCCGGCCGCCGCACGACGACAGGGCGAUGAGCAGGAGGCUGCAGCCAAAGAGAUCAAGACGCCGUUUGGUCGCUGUAGCGUGCCCGAGUGGCUGUGCAGCUUGAGUUUCGGGACGCUGAUUGUCAUUCUGACAGUCUUUAUCAUCUUGCUCUAUGCUCCGAUCAUGGAUAAACCGGAGCAGCAGAACUGCCUGGCCAUGCUUGUGUUUGUCAGUCUGUUGUGGGCCACGGAGGUCAUUCCCCUCUUUGUGACGUCCCUUUUGAUACCCUUCCUUGUCGUCAUGUUGCGCAUUAUGAAGUCCACGGAGAAGCCUUAUCACCGUCUGGGACCAAAGGACGCCACGAGCGCGGCUUUCAGCGCGAUGUGGACGCCUGUGAUCAUGCUCCUGCUGGGAGGAUUCACCAUUGCCGCUGCGUUGUCCAAGUACGACAUUGCACGUCGGAUGGCCAUGUUUGUGCUGAGCAGAGCCGGAUCCAAUCCCAAAGUUGUUCUGCUGACGAGCAUGUUUGUGAGCAUGUUCCUUAGUAUGUGGAUUAGCAAUGUGGCCUCGCCUGUUCUUUGCUACUCCAUUAUUCAGCCUCUACUGCGUAAUCUUCCUCCUGAUUCCAACUUUGCCAAGGCCCUUGUGCUGGGUAUUGCGCUGGCUGCCAAUGUCGGAGGCGCCGCGUCGCCGAUUGCGUCGCCACAAAAUAUCAUCGCGCUGCAGAAUAUGUACCCGAGUAUCAGCUGGGGGACCUGGUUCUUUGUCGCGCUGCCCGUGUGCAUCAUUUCGAUCCUUUUGAUAUGGCUCCUCUUGCUGGCGACGUUCAAACCCGGCCGGGGCACGACCAUUGUGCCGAUCCGACCGGUCAAGGACCGAUUCUCGGGAGUGCAGUACUUUGUCACGAUUGUGACGCUGUCUACCAUUGGGCUGUGGUGUGCCAGCCAUCAGCUCGAGCACGUCUUUGGCGACAUGGGCGUGAUCGCCAUCAUCCCGAUGGUGCUGUUCUUUGGAACGGGGAUCCUGAACAAGGAGGACUUUAACAACUUCUUGUGGACGAUCAUCAUCUUAGCUGCAGGAGGUCUGUGUCUCGGCAAAGCGGUGACCUCGUCCGGGCUGCUGCACACGAUCGCCAAGGCGAUCACGGUUCGCGUCGACCACUUCAGUCUGUACGGGGUUCUGCUCGUGUUUACGGCGCUGAUCCUGGUCAUGGCGACGUUUAUCUCGCAUACGGUUGCGGCGCUGAUCAUGCUACCUCUGGUGCGCCAGAUUGGCGUGGGCAUGGACGACCCGCAUCCGAACUUGCUGGUGAUGGCGAGUGCAUUGAUGUGCUCGGUGGCCAUGGCGUUGCCCACCAGCGGGUUUCCCAACAUGACUGCUAUUAUGACCGAGGUCCCACAGACGGGUCAACGGUACCUCCACGUGCGGCAUUUCCUUACUCGCGGUAUCCCGGCCAGUUUGAUGUCGUGGGCGGUGAUUGUGACGAUUGGGUAUGGAUUGAUGUAUAUUGCGGGGUUGUAG